CCGGAAAGACUACAGGGAACUCAUUAUUCAGUGCAAUCAGAUAUAUGGAGUAUGGGGUUGUCACUGGUAGAAAUGGCCAUUGGCAGAUACCCAAUUCCUCCUCCUGACUCGAAGGAGCUUGAAUUAAUGUUUGGCUACCCAGUAGAAGGAGAUUCUCCAGUCACUGAAACCUCACCCAGGCAAAGAACACCUGGUCGACCAGUGAGCUCCUAUGGACCAGACAGCCGACCCCCAAUGGCAAUCUUUGAACUCCUUGAUUACAUCGUCAAUGAGGUCCCUCCAAAACUGCCCAACGGUGUUUUUGGUUCUGAAUUCCAAGAUUUUGUUAACAAAUGUUUAAUUAAAAAUCCUGCUGAGAGAGCUGAUUUGAAGCAGCUGAUGAUUCAUGCUUUCAUUAAGAGAUCUGAAGCGGAGGAGGUGGAUUUUGCAGGGUGGCUUUGUUCAACCAUAGGCCUUAACCAACCGAGUACGCCCACGCAUGCUGCUGGAGUCUGAAUAUGGGAAAGCAAAUCUUGUACUGUACAUCUGUUAACAACAACAAACAACGCUAUUUUGGUCCUAUUUCCUCAGCUUGUACCUGUUCAAACAUGUAUUUCACCUCUUAAGGAAGAAUGUCUCUAUAGCAUGUGCCAAAUGGUUUUAAAUUUUGUCCUAAACUAAUUGGUAUUGUAUUGGAUGACAUUUGUUUACUGACCAAAAUGUUCAAAUGUUUUAAGUUCCAGUGCUUGCUGAUUUUAAGUGAUUAUGGAUAUUCUUUCUUAACGAAAAUAUCACUGGGGGGGGUGUGUUUACCCUCAGCUUGUUUGAACUUUCUUGGGAUUCUUCGUAAAUUGUUGGUACUUCAAUCGUGCUUACCUAAUCUCCCAUGCAAAAAAGGGUUUAGGGAUGCUCCAAAACUGUAUCUGUCGAGCAUGCUUUUGCUGCUGCCAAGCUGUAUCUGAAAGUUAGGCAUCAUGGUUCCAAUUUUGCUGUUGUUUAGAGAUCUCUCUUUCCAGGUAAAGAAGGCAAGAGCUCUGCGUUUCUUGGAAAUGUACAGGGCAAUAUUCUAAUUGUAGACUUGUUCAUAUUUCUAUAUUUAUUUUUAAAACAUAUCAUCAUACUUGGAUUUAGUGAUGUAUGUCUUUUCUCAUUGAUUUUUAAAAGUUAGUUCUUGGAAGUGUCUUACAGAAUCAAGACAAAGAUCCAGGCAAUUUGCUUUCUUUUAACCUAAAAAUUCAUGACGACUGUGUUUAGUGUCUAAAGUGUAUGAAGAUCCUCUAUUGUUUUAUUCUCUCAGAUGUUUAGCAAUGGAUUCUCUUAAUAAAUAUAUUAUCAAGUA